UUAUUGAUGUCUUGCUGAGUAGGUGGUGGCUUCUGGUCGGUGAAGGAAAAAGGGCCUGAUUUUAGUUUUCCAGAACGCACCCGCCUUCGACCAGUUACCAGCACGGUGCAGAGGCUGCUCGCGCGUCACUAAUGGCAACCAGCGCGCGAAAGGAUGAGUGUGCGUGCCUUCCUGAGGGAGAACGUAAAUCGCGUAUAACUUGGGAUUUAACUCGUAUAUCGUAUAAUUUGGGAUGUAUAUUAUUAACCGCGAUUUUCUGAAGCGAAUGGAUGCGGGAAUGAUGCCUCUCCGUGUCGGUAUUUCCUCUCUGUGUCUCUUUGUAGCGGUGAUGAGCUCUGUGAUACAUACCAGCAUCUCCCUGCCUCAUUACGGAGACGCCUUGGUAAAAACGAGGGCUCGGCGUGAUGACGCCAGGUUCCUCGGGAGAGAGAACACGGUACCGGUCCGGUUAGUGUACCGAAUGGACGGAGACAGUCAGGCCGCUCAUGAUGUUCUCAACACACGGGUCCGAAUGAGCUCUGACACUAAACAGAACCACAUGGCUCAGGCUAGCUUCCGGGUGCAGGCCUUUGGACAGACCUUCAUUUUAGACCUGGAACUGAACCAUGAUCUUCUAUCAUCAAAUUACAUUGAGAGGCACAUAUCAGAGGAGGGGAAGUCAGUUGUCAACAAAUUUGAUUCCGAUGAAGGUUUCAGUGACGACAUUCAGAUCCACAGAGGCCUCACACCCACAACCCAGCCUAUAAAGCCUGAGGAGACAUUGUGCAUGUAA